AUGGUAAUAAUUGGUCCAGGCAUAACAGGUAUUAUCUGUACUAUUCUAGCAGAUUCUACUAUGAUUUGGCACUAUUGGAUAGUCUGGGGUCAGCACUGGCUGAGCAUUCUGCCUCCUGUUCUUUUUCUUCUUUCUGCAACUGCAUUCAAAAUUAUUUUUGUCUAUCAAGACUAUAUGGAGAUCAACUAUGAGAAAUACAUCAUUACUUUUUCCUCUUAUAAUUCUGUUCUACUGGUAUACUUUGAUUUUCUAGCAGCAAUAACAAAAGGAAUUGCUCCAACACUUCUUGUUGGACAUGUUGCAGCAGGUCAUGCUCACUCAGAUGACUCUUGGCAGGGAAGUGUAAUUUCAGGCUCACUUCACUUUGGGACACAUCCUGGAGGCCAAAGCUCUCAGCAAGAUUCCAUGAUCAGCAUUGAUCUUGAAUCCCAGCAGGAGAUAGGUGAUGCAUAUGGCCAUCAGAAUCCAGCAUCUUCUGAGGAAAAUAGUGCCAGUGGCAUCCAAGAGAAUGACUUGGAGGUGGCCCAGCAGGAGAGAGAUAUCAUAUACUCCCAUCACACUCUGGCAGAAUCUCAGACAGAUGUUGGCAUCAACUCAGAAGGUGUCAUCCAAAAGCAUGAUUCUGAGUUAGAGCAGGAGAGAGAGAGAGAGAGAGAGAGAGAUGAAGAAUAUAGCCAUUGUAUGUUGAAGAGCUCUAGGGAAGAUAUUGGUAUUGAGAGUGUCAUUCUCAAGGUCUAG